AUGAAAAUUUAAAAUUUUAUAUUACUAAUAUGUAAUUUCACUCUAUGCUAUGCCGCGUUACCUAUCAAUGUUGGUUAAUUUUGGUUUUAAAUUACUGAAGACCAAAGCAUUAUUUACCUUGACUCUGAUUAAAACCAAUGGGUAUAUAGUAGAUUAAAUUAAAAUGGUGAUAUUAUCCUUUCAAUUAAUCUCAAAUAUUUUAUGGGAAAAUCUGAUUUAAAUGACGAAUAUAUGAUUGAAGUAAAGGAUUGA